GAUUGCAGUGCAGCAGCUCUUGUCUGUCCCGUCGACCGGAAAAUCCCAAAUCCCAAUUCCAAUUCUGACGGCCCCUCCUCCUCCUCCUCCUCAGUCCUGGUCCUCUGCUCCCCAUCCCACCCGUUGCAGACUUGCAGUUAGAGAGAGAGAGAGAGGGGGGUAAUCAUCCAUCAAUCAAUAAGUAAGGGGAUCGAUCGAUCGGAGCAAAAAAAAGAUCGGAAUCCGCUUCUCCCAGGGGUGAGGGGGGGUGCCAUGCUCUCUCGAUCCAAUCCGGUUCUUGCCGAAUGAAUUGAGGAUGACGACGGCGGAGGGAUCCACAUCCACCAUGGAGGACGAGCCUGACGGCGCCGCCAACUCCUUCGUUCUGCGCUCCGGCGUCCGCGCCGGUCUCAAGCGCGAAUUCGCCUUCGCCAUCGCCUCCCAGGCCGCCCUCUCCGCGCCCCUCGGCCGCACCCGCCGCUCGUCCCGCACCCUCACCUCAUCGCCCGCUUCCGACCCCAACUUCUCCGAGGCCAAGCGCCGGCGCCCUCCAGAUCCUCCCCCUCCUCCCCAAGGCCCCGUGCUCGCCUUGAUGGCUGCUGACCCCACCAGCCCUCAGCCGCCGCCGCUGUCGACUCCACCCCCACAGCCGCAGCCCGACGCCGAAGCGGAUCCCAGCACCAUCAUCAUCAUCCCGCCGGAGUCGCCGCCUAGGCGGAUCACGCGCUCCAUGCUCCACCACAAACCUCCCCCUCCUACCGCCGCUCCUCCUCCUCCUCCUCACAAUGCCACUCCACUCAAGCCCAAGCCCGAACCGCCGGAGGAAGACGAGGACGACAGGCCCGGUCCAUCGCUUCGGCGCUUCACUAGAUCACUCUUACUCAAGGAGAAGGACAGCAACGACGACGACCUCUCAGGUACCACCACCGCCAGCAAUGCCUCCUCCUCGCCACCACCCAACGCCACCACAAGUAUCAGCAGCAACAAGCGGAAUACAAACAAGAUCCCCACCAACCUCAGGCAGCUUCUGGCCACCGGCCUGCUCGAAGGCCAGCCCGUCAAGUACAUCAUGAGGAAAGGCAAGCGGGCAGUACUCCGGGGAGUUAUCAAGCGCGCCGGCAUAUUGUGCGCUUGCUCUUCGUGCAAAGGCCGAAAGGUUGUUUCACCUUACUAUUUCGAGGUGCAUGCUGGCAGUACCAAAAAGCACCCAUCCGACUACAUUUUCCUGGAAAAUGGAAAUAAUCUGCAUCAUGUGUUGAGGGCAUGCGCAAAUGCUACCUUAGACAUGUUGGAGUCAGCAAUACGGAUGGCGAUAGGCCCAGCACCUCAGAAGAGAACAUUCAGAUGCCAAACCUGCAAAAGUUCAUUCAGCACACUCUGCAGUGGGAAAUUUGCUUUGUUUUGUGAUUCAUGUCUUGAGUCCAAGGGAGCUAAGAAUAGUACCAGGUCACCAAAAAUUGCACGUGGUUUGACUUCAUCUGCCAAGGGUUAUAAAAGUACAUCCCCAGGAGCAAAGUCUGUGAGUGUAGGAAGACUUACAAGAAAGGAUAAGGGAUUGCAUAAGGUGGUUUUCAUGAGUGGUGUUUUACCAGAGGGUACUGAUGUCGGCUAUUAUGUUGGCGGAAAGAGGUUACUAGAUGGAUAUAUAAAGGAACUUGGGAUCUACUGUCAUUGUUGCAACACAGUGGUUAGUCCUUCACAAUUUGAAGCCCAUGCUGGUCGAGCUGCUCGACGCAAACCGUACCACAACAUAUAUAUGUCGAAUGGUGUUUCGCUGCAUGAGCUGUCAAUUUCACUCUCAAAAGGUCAAAAGAUAUCAAACAGACAAAGUGAUGACUUGUGCAGCAUUUGUUCAGAUGGUGGUCAGCUUCUCCUUUGUGAUACCUGUCCAAGAGCUUUUCACAGAGAAUGUGUUGGCUUGUUUGCUACCCCAAAGGGAACUUGGUGUUGCCGAUAUUGUGAGAAUAGACAACAGAGGGAAAGUUGUUUGGCAUUUAACAACAAUGCAAUAGCUGCUGGGAGGAUUGAGGGAGCUGACCCCUUGGAAGAAAUAUUCACACGGUCAAUACGCAUCGCUACAUCACUCGAAACUGGAUUUGGUGGUUGUGCACUAUGCAAGCUCCAUGAUUUCAGCAAAAAGAAAUUCAGUACCCGGACUGUGCUGCUUUGUGACCAAUGCGGUAGAGAAUAUCACGUUGGUUGCCUCAAGGAACAUAACAUGGCCGAUCUGACAGCAUUGCCUGAGGGGGCAUGGUAUUGUUCCACCGACUGUGUGAGGAUUAACCGGACACUGCAAGACAGACUUAAUCGUGGAGGUGAACCUGUCCAUACGAUGGAUCUAGAUGUUAUUAAGAAGAAGCGAGAAGCAAAAGGUUUAGAUGUGGAUGUUGACCUUGAUGUUAGAUGGAGAAUUUUGAAGGAUAAGAGUUCAGAAGACAGCAAAUUGGUGCUUUCCAAAGCAGUUGCAAUUUUUCAUGAAACAUUUGAUCCCAUUAUCCAGAUAACAACUGGACGGGACCUCAUUCCAGCCAUGGUUUAUGGGAGGAGCGCAAGGGAUCAGGAUUACACAGGAAUGUAUUGUGCUGUGUUGACUAUGCGCAACACUGUAGUUUCUGCCGGUCUUUUCCGCGUCAUGGGUAGUGAAAUUGCUGAGCUGCCGUUGGUUGCUACAAGUCGGGAUAGCCAAGGCUUGGGAUAUUUCCAAGUGCUUUUUGCCUGCAUUGAACGACUUUUGGCAUCUUUGGAGGUGAAACAUUUUGUGCUACCAGCUGCAGAGGAAGCUGAGUCUAUCUGGACAGAGCGGUUUGGGUUCACAAAGAUAAGCCAGGAUGAGCUGCGUGAAUACCUCAAGGGUGGGCGAACAACUGUGUUUCAGGGGACAUCAAACCUGCACAAGCUGGUCCCCCUCCCAGAACAGGAAUGCUAGUUCUGCUAAGAAACACAUCUCUUUGUGUGCGUGCUUCUGAGGUUGAUAGGAAGGGAACCCUGAACCCUUUUUACGUGAAAAGUUUUUGAGCAUGGUGAUUAUCUGUUGUCAAGGCAAAGACGGAGAUUGUGUAAGAUACCUAAACCAGGGACGAGCAGCAAAGGCAAAGCCAAAGCUGAGUGAAUUUCAGGCAACUUAUUGGGUGGCAAAGUUAUGCGUAUUUGUGGGUCGUUGUGCUAGUGUUGAGGUGGUGUUUGCUUGAGAUGGCAACUGUGGAGGUGACUGUUGUAUCCUGUUGAGGUGGUGUUUGUUUGAGAUGGCAACUGUGGAGGUGACUGUUGUAUCAGCUGAUGUCUUUUUGAGUCGUGAUAGGAGUUAGCUGUGUGAUAGUAGCUGUUAGGAGUGGGGUGGAUUGGGGAGGUCUCAAAUUCAAUGUACAGCAUGAACAUGUGAUUCCUCUUUGUUUGUCUGCCUCUGUUGUUAUAGAUCGUCUUUGUGGAUGCAAUGUAGUGCAGUCAGUCCGUGUCCAAGAAUGUAAAGUGUAUUUGUUUCAUUAUGAUAAGUUAUUGAUCAUUAGUAUUUAACUUUUGUGAUAUAAA